GGCAGGGAGAGAGAGAGAGAGAGAGAGAGAGAGAGAGAGAGAGAGAGAGAGAGAGAGAGAAAAAAAGGUCAAAUUUAAGCCAGAGCUGCUACCCUGAAGUCAUUUUGAGAAACAGCAUCACACAUCUCGCCUCCAGGCAGUGGCUCAGCAGGGAAAAAACACUGAAGGCAUGGGGACAACACAAUUAAAGAGGCUAAAACUUUUGCUCUUAUUGGCCUUCACAGAGAUUUGUGCCGCUCAAAAUGACAUCACUUUGUCAGUGUUUACGGUCACAUCUAAGAGUAUGACAGUGCACUGGAGCGGCCACACUGGUGCCAGCUCCUACAAGAUCACAGCAACACCCAAGAACUCUCCAGAACGACCCGUCUUUGCUCAGUUCGGUGGCAACAUGGUGAUGGGCUCAGUCAACUCCCUGUCGCCAAACACAGUGUACACCAUGCAGCUAGAAGCCAUGGACAAUGCAUUCAAUGUCCUCAGCAGUGCAGAGACAGAGGAGACAACAGCUCCUGAAGUCCCCAGCAUUGAACAGGCCUACUCCAAACACAGCAACAGCAUCACUGUGGAGUUCACUGAGGUUUCCGGGGCAACCAGCUACAUCCUGAGGGCAGAGUCAGAAAACAGUGAUUUCUUCUCUGAGACCAUGGUGAGCAAUUCCCCAGGCACCGUGGUGCAGCUCCAGCCCUAUACAGACUACAAGCUGAGUGUAAUGUCCGUCAACUCUGGGGGGAGGAGCCAGCCCUCAUACUCCGUCUUGGGCAGUACAGUGGUAAUGGCGCCCAAGUUGAACACAAGCUCUCCGAACAACGACACCAUCCUUGUGACUUGGACCCCAGUGGAGCAUGCCAUCCUCUAUACACUCUGCAUCAUCAAACAGGGCUCCAGCACCCGCCACAAACUGAACACCACUAACACCAUGGUGACCUUUGAUGACCUUGAAGCAGGGACUACCUACUGUAUCAAGGGCACAGCCUGGGACUCUGAAGGUCGACCUGGAGAUGACCUCACUGUCUGUCAAAUCACACGUCCCCCAAGCCCAGAUGUGACCCAUGUCCAGAUGACUCCGGGUCGGUCUCUUGGGAUCGCUGUGUACUGGGCAAAAGCGCAAGGAGCUGAUAACUACGAGGCCUGGACCACCAAUGGUCAAAACUGUACUUUAACAGCUCACACUUACUGUUAUAUCACACCUGCAGAGUGUGGCCAGAAUCAAUCUGUCUCUGUCAUAGCCUAUAACAACGCUGGUCCCAGCAGCCCCUCGCAACCAGUAGACUACAUUACCUAUCCAUGUCUCCCAGACAACAUCUGGGUAGAGGAGCCCAAAGCAGGCAACUGCUCUGUGGUGUGGGAUGAGGUGGAACUGGUGGAGUACUACAUGGCAUUCAUAAAGAGGGAUGAUGGGACAGAGAACUCGUGCAACACCACUGACACCACCUGCCCAUUUUUCUGCAUGUGUGGCUACACCUACCACACCACCGUCUUCCCCUACAACCAGGCCGGCUCCAGCCCUUAUGCCAACGUCCGCAACUACACAACCAUUCCUUGUUGCCCAGAGGGCGUUACCAUCAACCUAGUGUCUACAGAGACCCUGGAGAUCAUGUGGUCACCGGUCAAAGGGGCCGAGAUGUACGAGACAACAGCAGCACAGACUAAUGAUGUCAUCCACUGUAAUGACACGGCGCCAGUGUGUGCGCUGUCAGAUCUGAAGUGCAACACCGCUUAUUCAGUGACCGUCACACCUUGUAGCGACUUGCGAGGAUGCAACCGCACCUGCAUGCCACACACACAUGAGACAGCUCCGUGUGUUCCAGACAUCCUGAAUAUGACAAAGAUCAACAACUCCACAUACAGAGUCCUUUUCACAACCCCCAACUCCCCCAACACAAAUUAUACCAUCACUGCCACUGGACGUCAAAGCACACACACUUGCCGGUCAAGAAACAACUCUUGUGAACUCACACAGCUGCCCUGCGGUUCAACAUAUGAGGUCAUGGCAGUGGCCACCACAACUGUGGGGAGAAGUCUGCCUGGAUUCAGUCAACCUUUGGAAACAGGUCCUUGCUGCCCCAUGUAUGUGAAUGUGACCCAGGUCACCCAGGCUAUGACCAACGUGACAUGGUCACCUGGCACCGGAGCUCGUUCUUACAUCACCACGCUGACGUCCCCACGCGGACACGCUAAGUGCCACACUCUGGACAUCCACUGCCUGAUGGGAUGCAUCACCUGUGGCACCAACUACAGCGUCGUCCUGGAAGCCAUCAGCAGCACGGGACACAAGUCCGACUGCAAAUAUCAUGGAUUCUCAUCCAGUCCCUGUUGUCCAACAAGCGUCAAGCUCUAUCGCAGGGCCAACAACUCCCUCAGAGUGUACUGGCUCUCUAUGGGACCUCAGAUCCAUAACCACACAGUAGAGCUGUACGGGACAGGAGCCAACUACACCUGCAUCGCAGCUGCUGGCAGCAGAUACUGUGACAUCCAGGAGGAAACAUGUGGGGAUGUCUACACAGUCGUGGCAGCACCGGUGGGGCAGAAUGGGAUCAAAGUCAGUUUCUGUCAACCAAGGACGUACUCAGUUCUCUGCUCAGGAAGUAAUGCUGGUAUGGUGAUCUCUCGUGGAAGACGAAGUCUGAAUUAAUUGUGUGAAGGACAAGACCCCCCAUCAGCACCAACCACCCAACAUGGACAGAGGACUGUGUUUACACCAGCGGCAACUGUGAAAAUCCAAUAUACCCAGAUGAAAUAUCACUCUUGUUUAGGAAUACCUCUGUUUUGUUGUUACUGCUGUUUGCAAAUGGUUUCCGAUUAAUAAAUAUGAAAAGCUAAAUUAAAACAGUAAAAAUUAUGAAAGAGGGCUUUUAAAUAAAUAUCUGUGGGCAUUUAUCCAAUGUAUUUCAAAGAUAUUCUCCAUAUUGCUAUGUUUUUAUAGUAGGCUGCAUGUUAUUUUACUUUCUGCUCGGCAAUUCCUCACAUAAUCAAUACAGUUGCCGUUUCAACAUGAGAUUUGUGAUUUGAUGUAGCCUCAACAUGUAAUUACAUCUAGUAAAAAAUGAAAAGAGAAGCAGAAAUUGAAACUUUACAGUGAAACCCCCACAUAAAUGUAUCAUGGCAAUAGUCAUUAAAAGGCUAAAAACAUUAAAAUGAUUAUCUUAGGACUUCUCCAAGUAGAGGACCUCCAUAUGGCAGCCGUAUGACGUCUUUGGGUUGUAAGCUGGUUGGUGACCCAGAAGAGGGUCACAGUUAAAAGUAAUGCAGCAGGUAUACAUCUCGUUAGCCUGGAGUCAAAUAUGGAAAAUCCUGUGGAUGAUAUGUCUGAUCAGAUUGCUGGAGAUAGAUUCAAUGUUACCUCAGCUUUCAUUGGAUUUUGUUUUCUCUGAGUAGACAGACAACAACAAUAAAGCACAUCGAUUUGGCAUUA